GGGGACGCGGCGGCAGCGGCAGCGCAGCGCCAAGGGGCGGCCGUCGGGGCGGCCGCGGCUCCCGGGAGCGCCUCCCGCCGCCACCUCGGGGCCGGCCCCGCCAUGGGGCGGCCGCUGUGAGCGCGGCGGCGGCGGGGCUGCGCCUCUCGCCCCGGCCGGGGCUCCCCUCCAUUGUUCCCGGGAGCGGCGGGCACCGCGCCGCCGCCGCCGCCCCGAGGGGCUCCGCUUGCAGCAGCCGACGGCCCGGCGGAGACCCCCCCAGUGCCCCCGCCGGCCGAGCCACCCGGGGCCCCCAUGGAGUGGGAGCUGCGGAGCCCAGUCGCUGAGCAGUAGCCGCAGCAGUGGGAUGUUGACCUGGAGGUGCCUCAUCCUUUGGGCUGUGCUGGUCACAGCCGCGCUCUCUGCUGCCAGGCCGGCCCCCACCCUGCCCGACCAAGUUCUGCCCAAAGCGAAAAUCGAAGUGGAGUCCUACUCAGCCCACCCCGGGGACCUCCUCCAGCUGCGCUGCCGGCUGCGGGAUGACGUCCAGAGCAUCAACUGGGUGCGAGACGGCGUCCAGCUGGCCGAGAACAACCGGACGCGCAUUACCGGGGAGGAGGUAGAGGUCAGGGACGCUGUGCCCGAGGACUCGGGGCUCUAUGCCUGCAUGACCAACAGCCCCUCGGGGAGCGAGACCACCUACUUCUCCGUGAACGUCUCAGACGCGCUGCCCUCCGCGGAGGAUGAUGAUGACGAAGACGAUUCCUCCUCAGAGGAGAAGGAGGCCGAUAACACCAAGCCCAACCAGGCCGUUGCUCCCUACUGGACCUAUCCCGAGAAGAUGGAGAAGAAGCUCCACGCCGUCCCCGCCGCCAAGACGGUGAAGUUCAAGUGCCCGUCGGGCGGGACGCCCAACCCCACGCUGCGCUGGCUGAAGAACGGCAAGGAGUUCAAGCCUGACCACCGCAUCGGGGGGUACAAGGUCCGCUACGCCACCUGGAGCAUCAUCAUGGACUCGGUGGUGCCGUCCGAUAAGGGCAACUACACCUGCAUCGUGGAGAACAAAUACGGGAGCAUCAACCACACCUACCAGCUGGAUGUCGUGGAGCGCUCCCCGCACCGGCCCAUCCUGCAGGCAGGGCUCCCUGCCAACAAGACGGUGGCCCUGGGCAGCAACGUGGAGUUUGUCUGCAAGGUCUACAGCGACCCCCAGCCCCACAUCCAGUGGCUGAAGCACAUCGAGGUCAACGGCAGCAAGAUCGGCCCCGACAACUUGCCCUACGUGCAGAUCCUGAAGACGGCUGGCGUUAACACGACAGACAAAGAAAUGGAAGUCCUUCACUUAAGGAAUGUCUCUUUUGAGGAUGCUGGGGAGUAUACAUGUUUGGCGGGUAAUUCUAUUGGGAUCUCCCAUCACUCUGCAUGGUUGACAGUUCUCGAAGCUAUCGAGGACACGCCGGCCAUGAUGACGUCCCCCCUGUACCUGGAGAUCAUCAUCUACUGCACGGGCGCCUUCCUCAUCUCCUGCAUGGUGGUGACCGUCAUCAUCUACAAGAUGAAGAGCACCACCAAGAAGACGGACUUCAACAGCCAGCUGGCCGUGCACAAGCUGGCCAAGAGCAUCCCGCUGCGCAGACAGGUAACAGUGUCGGCUGACUCCAGCUCCUCCAUGAACUCGGGCGUGAUGCUGGUGCGGCCCUCGCGCCUCUCCUCCAGCGGCACCCCCAUGCUGGCCGGCGUCUCCGAGUAUGAGCUCCCCGAGGACCCGCGCUGGGAGCUGCCCCGGGACAGGCUGAUCCUGGGCAAGCCCCUGGGAGAGGGGUGCUUCGGGCAGGUGGUGCUGGCCGAGGCCAUCGGCCUCGACAAGGACAAGCCAAACCGCGUCACCAAAGUGGCCGUGAAGAUGCUCAAGUCCGACGCCACGGAGAAGGAUUUGUCCGACCUCAUCUCCGAGAUGGAGAUGAUGAAGAUGAUCGGCAAGCACAAGAACAUCAUCAACCUGCUGGGGGCCUGCACGCAGGACGGUCCCCUCUAUGUCAUCGUGGAGUACGCCAGCAAGGGCAACCUGCGCGAGUACCUGCAGGCGCGGCGCCCCCCCGGCAUGGAGUACUGCUACAACCCCGCCCGCGUCCCCGAGGAGCAGCUCUCCUUCAAGGACCUGGUGUCCUGCGCCUACCAGGUGGCGCGGGGCAUGGAGUACCUGGCCUCCAAAAAGUGCAUCCACAGGGACCUGGCGGCCAGGAACGUCCUGGUGACCGAGGACAACGUGAUGAAGAUCGCUGACUUCGGGCUGGCCCGUGACAUCCACCACAUCGAUUACUACAAGAAGACGACAAAUGGUCGCCUGCCAGUGAAGUGGAUGGCCCCGGAGGCCCUGUUCGACCGCAUAUACACUCAUCAGAGCGAUGUGUGGUCCUUCGGCGUGCUGCUCUGGGAGAUCUUCACGCUGGGCGGCUCGCCCUACCCCGGCGUGCCGGUGGAGGAGCUCUUCAAGCUGCUGAAGGAAGGCCACAGGAUGGACAAGCCCAGCAAUUGCACCAACGAGCUGUACAUGAUGAUGCGGGACUGCUGGCACGCCGUCCCCUCGCAGCGCCCCACCUUCAAGCAGCUGGUGGAGGACCUGGACAGGAUCGUGGCCAUGACCUCCAACCAGGAGUACCUGGACCUCUCGGUGCCGCUGGACCAGUACUCGCCCGGCUUCCCGGACACGCGCAGCUCCACCUGCUCCUCGGGGGAGGACUCUGUGUUUUCUCACGACCCUCUGCCGGACGAGCCGUGCCUUCCCAAGUACCCCCCCCAGCACACCAACGGCGGACUGAAGCGACACUGAGGCUGGCACGGCCAGCAAGGGACCGGACGCCCGCGGGUGCCGCGGUGCCGGGGGGGUGCCGCCGCGGGGCCCGGCCGUGCCGAGCUGCAAGAGGGGCCUCGGAGGCACGGCCGCAGCAUCCCGGCACCAGAACCACCCACGUCUCCUGCCAGCUCCUCCUGCCGCCUCCGCUGGGAACUCUGCAGCCCGCAGGCUUCGCUCGGUGUUUUGGGUGUCGGGUGUUUCCUUUCCUUUCAGCUCCUCCGUGAGCUCUGCGCUUCGAUCUCUCCACUUGGUUAAGCCCAAAUCCUCCCCGGGGGCCAGCGCCCUGCUGGGACGUGGUGUCCCGGGGGGAAACGGGGAGCCCAGGGGGGUGAUCCCCGACCACGCAGGGGUCCCACGGCACAGCCUCGGGUGCGUGGUGCUGUGAGGCUGCCCCCGGUGACCAAACCCCCGGGACCUCGGAGGGGGGACCCAGCGCGGGCUCAGCACCGGCGGCAGAGGCAGCCGACGGCCGGUGCUGGGAACAAAAGUCCUGUGUACAUAGCUAAAAAUAUGUAUAAAUAUGAAUAUAUAUUUACAUGUCUUUUUAAAAGGGUUGUUACCAGAGAUAUACCAGUUUGGUAGUAAGGUACUAGUGGCUGGUAGAUAUCAGUUGCUAUAAAAAAAAAAAAAAUCAUAUAUUUUGCUACUUUUGCUGUUUUUAUUUUUUUAAAUUAUGUUCUAAACCUAUUUCAGUUUAGGUCCCUCAAUAAGAAUUGCUGCUGCUGCUUCAGUUUUAUAUGGGGUUGUAUUCAACAGUAAUAAUGAUGUGUCGAUGCCUUUUGGGAGCACGUUGUCAUGGUGUAAAUGGCCUUUCCUCCCCCCUGGCUCCCGGGGUCUCCAGGCGCUGCUGGGCCGGCUGCAGCCCCCUGACACCGGGGCGCUGGCACAGCACGGCCCCCGCUCCCGGGCAGCCCCCGCUCCUGGGCCAUGCCCUCCUGUGCCUUACCGGCGCCGCGGGGAGCGUCCUGGUGCCGGGCAGCCCUCCCCGGGCCCUGCCCUGCCCGGCGGUGCCGGUGCCGGUGCCCGGCCCGCAGAGCUGCCCGGCGGUGCCUUGGUGGGGGCGCGCGUCCCUGUCCCUCCCCGGCACGGCAGAGCCAGGGCGCUGUUACUUGAAAAGUUUUAUUUUGCCUUUGUAUGGAGAAAUAUUAUUUGUUGUAAACUCUUCUGUAAUGAAUCUGGAAUUCUUGUAAUUAUUAAAGACUUUAACCAAGC